GCUGCUAGGGUUUUAGACAGCCAACCUUGUCCCCAGCCUCAUACCUAGGUUUUUGAAUCCCUCCUUCCCAUAUCGGCUCCAUUACUCUCAGUCGCCUCCAAUCUCGAUCGCUUCCCUGCCACCAUGGCCUUUUGGGGGAUCGAGGUGAGGCCCGGGAAACCCUACACCCAUCUCUACGACAGCGCCCGCGGAAGGCUUCGCGUAUGUCAGGCGACAUUGGGAAACGGCAAGGGGGAGAAGAAGAGUGUUCUGCAAUGCAAUGUUGGCAAUAAAAGUCCCAUUCUUCUCUGUAGUUUGAUUCCUAAUGUCAGCGAGACGUGCCAUCUGGAGCUCGAGUUUGAGGAGGUUGAGGAGGUCGUCUUCUCAGUCCUUGGACAGAUAAGCGUGCACCUCUCUGGUUACUAUCUCGGCUCGAAUACUCACGCUGGUGGAGAUGAGACUGAUUCCUAUGGUGAAGAUAUUGGGGCGGAGAAUUCAGACAGCUACGAUGUUUAUGACAGCGAAGAAGAUGAGUAUGAGUCUGACUUUAUUGACGAUGGUGAUAUUGAAAUGUUUUCUCCUUCUCCUUCUCACCGCAAAAGCAGUGUUGUAAUUGAGGAGAUUGAAGAGGAUGACAAGUUAAAGAAUGAAAAUGCCAAUCACCGUCGCUUAAAGAAAAAGCAUCAGGUAAGUGAUACUGAUGAUGGUGAUGAUGACGCUCAGCGUCAACUUGUUGUCAAGUCUAAUAGCUCCGCAGUACUGGAGAGUGAGGAUGAAGAUGGCUUUCCAAUCUCGUUUUCCUUGAAAAAGAAAAGUGCUGCUAAGAAUGUGGAAGAGAAUGCAAAACCAGAUGACAAGAAAAUUGCUGACAGAAAAAGGAAGAUUGAUGUCAUUGAUGUCCCCGAAUCUGCAAGGGAAAUUAACCAGCCAUUUGAGAUUGAUGCCAAAAACAAGAAUAUCUCAAAGAAGAAAAAGAAGGUUAAGGAUCAAAAGCCACAUGAAAAUGGAUCUAAAUCAUCUGAUGGGGAAACAUUAAUUAUCGAGCAAAAGAAUGAUGAAAAUGCCACAGUAGUUGGUGAGGCAAAAGUUGAGACUGAAGAAAAAGAUCUUGCAACAGAAGCUCAUAUGGAUGUACCAGAAAGUGAUGGGAAGCUAAAGAAGGGGAAGGGGAAAAAAGACAGGGCUAAGAAGGGAAAGGCAUCUGAAACAAGCACUACUGUUUUCUCAACAGAGAGAACGGGGGGAACUAAUGGAGAUCCAAGCGAAGCUCCCAAUACUGAUGGCAUGGACCAAAGUCAUCCUGUUGAGCCAGAUGAGCCUUUUAAUGAUAAGGCCAGCAGUAGCAAGAAACAAAAGAAGAAAAAUAAGAAGAAAAAGGUCAAAGAUGAUGUAGCUCAAGAAGGGGAUGAUGUACAGGUGGAAAACGAGAACACCAUGCAAAUAUCUUUGGAGGAUGUUGGCAAGACCAGUGAAAAUCUUGUUGAGUCACAAAAUAAGACCUCGGAAAAUAAUGCUGAGACUAUUGCCAAUGCUACUCCAGAAGAGGCCAAGAAAAAGAAGAAAAAAAAGAACAAGAACCAAUUAAAGGAUUUGAAUGCAAACCAGGAGUUAUCAAAUCUUGUUGAGGAAGAAAAGAAGGCAGAAUCAUUCAAAAUGAGGACAUUUGCCAAUGGUUUGACGAUUGAGGAGCUAGCAAUGGGCAAACUUGAUGGCAAAAGAGCUUCUCCAGGUUGUAAGGUCUCUGUUAACUACAUUGGCAAGUUAAAGAAUGGAAAGAUAUUUGACUCUAAUGUUGGCCAAAGGCCGUUUAAAUUCCGUCUUGGUAUCGGGCAAGUUAUCAAGGGAUGGGAUGUUGGUGUUAAUGGUAUGCGUGUCGGGGAUAAAAGAAGACUUACCAUCCCACCAUCUAUGGGUUAUGGGGAAAAAGGUGCAGGGAAAAUACCAGUGAACUCAUGGCUUGUUUUUGAUGUUGAGCUAGUUGCCGUGCAAUGAACUCCUACAGGAUGUAAAUGAAGGAAAGUUUUGCCGGUUGAAUGCAUGGUUCCAUAUUUUGGCGAGUAUGUCCAGCACUUUUUUCGGGAGAUCGGUAUGCUGUGAGAGUGUUUACAUGUCUAUCAGAAAUUUGAAAUUUUUUUGCAGUCUCUGCAUUCUUUCGUUUCAGCUCUUUCUAUUGAUAAAUUUCUACUAGUGCACUCAGAGUUUCAAGACCAUACUUGUGAAAUUUUUUUGUUUGUUUGGCUGGA